GACUUACGCGACUAGUGGCUCACUGCUGAUUUUAUGCGGCUAAUGGGCAGUGGCUCCAGUUUCUUUGUACCUUGCACUCAGUAAGAUAAUGUGAGAAAAGCUUAAAGGUCCUUUGUCGUUUUAUGGAUGUAAUGUGUCUAACGCUGUCAAAGUUCAACAUUAGCACGUAAAAACAACUGCUCUACAACAGCCGGUCGUCGCUUCACCUUAACGCGAAUGAGAAAACCAAAAACCAUGGAGAUACGUCUGAAGAUCCGUUUGAUUGUUCCUGCACUUAACCUACAUUACCCCCCUUACUUACGGGUAAUGUGUCUGGAGCGGUGCUGAAGACAGAAGAGAAAAGCACGUUAUGCCUCACAGAAAGUCUCCCGCUCCUGAGAAGCCGUGCGUUAAGAGGCGGUAUAGCUAUACUUCACGACUAGGGAACCUGCGGACAAGUCUUUGGUCACAGUCAUAGAUCGAUUUGCCACGAUGAACAGCAAGAAAUCACCAAAUGCACGUUUAUACCAUGUUUUUACCAUCAGUCAAUCUACACUUUACUCUUCGAUCAUCGUUCCCAUCGCGAUGGAAUUCAAGGUUUGACUAUGAGAAAGGGAAAUUGCAAAUUCAUAUUUUGAAUUACUUUAUUCGGGACCUAAUUGGACUGAUGUCUUGUUUUUUUCGUGUGGAAUAAAUGAUGCCAGGAAAAAUGGGCUUCUCCAGAAAUGAAACGAUGUUUUGGUCCGAGGAUCAACUGGACACGAAUCAGACAGCAGAAGAACCUCUUGGCGCAGAGUUCGCGAUCGUCCCUGUGGUAUUCGGGUGCAUCUUUUUCCUGGGUGUUGUUGGAAACUCUUUGGUGAUCGUCGUUAUUGGCAGAAUUAAGACGAGACGCUCAAGAAGCACCACCAACAUUUUCAUCCUCAAUCUCAGCAUUGCAGACUUAUCCUUUCUCCUCUUCUGUGUCCCAUUUCAGGCAACUAUAUACUCCCUUCCUGAGUGGAUUUUCGGCGCGUUCCUCUGUAAAUUCGUGCACUAUUUUCUCAUGGUCAGCAUGCUGGUGAGCAUUUUCACGCUGGUCGCCAUGUCUGUGGAUAGGUACAUUGCCGUGGUUCUCUCCAAAAAGUCCCCGUGUAUACGCAACCGCAGGAACGCGCUCCUCGGAGUUUGUAUAAUUUGGAUGCUUUCGUUUAUUUUCGCCGUCCCGGUUGCGCAGCAUCAGAUUCUGACGAAUCACCCUCACGCCCCCAAUAGUUCAUUUUGCUGGGAGAUUUGGACGGAACGAGUCGCCAGACACACAUAUAAAGUGACCAUUCUGAUCAUUGGGUACCUUUUACCGCUGGUUUUGAUUACGUGCUCUUAUGCUAAGGUGUUAUACCAUCUACAUAAAAAAAUCAAGAAUAUAUCCAAGAAGUCUGAGCACUCAAAGAGAAAGACAGCCCAGACAGUGCUUCUGGUCGUAGCAGCGUUCCUCUUCUGCUGGAUGCCCCACCACAUCAUCGCCAUGUGGGUGGAGUUUGGCGUGUUCCCCCUGAGCGAUGCCUCCUUCGCGUUCCGCAUCACGUCGCACUGCCUGGCCUAUGGGAACUCCUGCGUCAACCCCAUUCUCUAUGCCUUCCUCUCUGAGAACUUCCGUAAAGCCUGCCGGCAGGCCUUUACCUGCCGCCUCUUCUACUCCCCCCCACCCGUGAAAAAGAUUGCACGCAUCAGGAUGGAGAACUUCUCCACCACGCCCUCCACCACCAACGUGUGAGGGCCCAAGCCAGAGAAACAAGCUCUGGCAAGUUGAAAGUGAGCAGCCGUCUGAACGUAGCCUUAAAUUCACACCCAGCCUCAAUGACUGGCUCCAUUACUCAUGCUCUUCACAUUAUAGACACAGUGAAAAUGCUACACCAGGCACACAGGCGUGCAAGCUCAGCAGUGCCACUGGCUGUAGGGAGAUCGAGAUUACAGCAGCUCUAAGAAACAUUUAUGCUUGCAAAAAGUCUCAAAUUGCUUUGUAUUUAUUUGCAAUCUAUAGGGAGUGGAGCUGUGGGUUUCCAGCGGCUGCACAGUGACUGCAACAGUGCAGCCAGCAAGGGUCCAGAGAGAGAAAAGAAAAACCCCAAAGUGUAGACUGAAAGAACUGCAUGGAUCAGCAUGUGUUAUCUAAAUGAGCAUUCUGAGAGUACUGCACUCUCAAAAGCAUUUAAAGCAAUUUAGAAGAGCUGCAGUAGUCCUCUUUGUGACAGAAAAACGGUUUCAAAGCGCUACAAAACUUAGAAGGUUUUGAAGAUUUCAACCUGGAAAAAUGUAAAAUAUCAUCAGAAAUCAAAGUUUUUUGAACGUCUUUGAGAAAAUGACUUAAUCAAGUUCACAACUGUUUGUGAAUGUGUAAUCUCAUAUACAUUCUACAUGUAAAUGACAAAGCACUUUUAUACUGCCAAAUGCCGUAAAUGUAAAUGUGAGAUGUUUCGUGACUGUCCAGUGUUUGAGCCUUUUUUUGGUAAUGAUUUCGACACUACACUAGUCCAUGUGGCUGUGGUGUAUUUGCCAAUUAAUUUGUUGCCAUGGUUAAAUGUGCAUUAUCUAUAUAUCUGUGGUCUUUUAGGCAUCAUCACAAUAAAAGCAUGCCCAUGAACAGACACACAGCCCCUUUAAGAAUGCACUUUAACCUUCUUGGACUAGACCUUUAUUUAAAAAAAUGAAAGAGGUCCAAGUUUAUGGAUGGCUAUACUGUAUCUAAUCCUGAAAUAAAUACUUACGAUAAACUGUCAA